AUGUUAGCCAAAACCUCACUGCAGCUGCUCGUCUCGAUAGGCGCCUUCUUCACCCUCACAUUUCUCCUCUUCGCUCAUCAACUAUACCAAUCUUCAUUGACAGCAGCAACACCCCAAGAAUACAACCAUGAAGACCCCUCCGCGCCGCAAGUGGACAUGUCCGCCACCCAUCAAAUCGUGCGGUCUGUAUCCUCCAUAGACGGCGCGUACUUCCCCAUCGACUUUGGAUCCCGCCGCGCAAUAAACCCCAGCGUCAUCCCGCACCCGGAGGAUAACAGCACCUGGAUUGUAACCGCGCAGCUUCACGAGCCGCGACGGGGAGAUAAACCGCGCCUGUGGUUCGCAGAGCUUGUUUGCACGGCUGCGUUUUCGCCCUCUGAACAUGACACCACCGCCGGCAGCAGCAGCAGCAGCAGAGAAGCCCUCCGCUGCAUCGAUCCUCCACUCAUCCUCCCCAUCGCCGCAACCCCCAGCGAUACCACAAAGUGCCCACCAGACACGGCCUUUUUCACAUUGAGCAUCGGCCCGCACGAUGCGCGCGUCUUUCAUGGCCCCGAGGGACCCUUUACCAUCUACGGGUCAACAUCUCAAUUUACCUGCUUCGGGCAGUGGAUGUUAGAUUUCCGGCUCCUCAUUGACUGGGGCGUGGACACGAUCAACGAUCAUGGCGGGUUCCUCCGCACGCCGACAGAACUGCAGCGUCCGUUUUUGACGCCAUACCGCUCCAUCGAGAAAAACUGGUUCGUCUUCUGGGACGCCGGCGGACAGAGCUACGUGCACUACGACAUCUCGCCAACGCGCGCAUUCGCACAGCUUCGCCCCGACGGCUCCGUCGGACCCGAUCUUGCACCCCAGACCGCAGAAGACGACAAUACCUGUCUGGCCCGCCUCCUCCCGCCGAUCCCAGCAAUGCCAGACCCGCCACCCCCAGGCGCAAAUUCGGAAUCGAUCCACCAGGCGACGAACGCGCUGAGUAUCACGCUCUGUGCGCGCGCGGACCCGGGCUGUCUCCCCUCGCCGGAGAAUACGUUUAUCCUUACGAUUAUCCAGCACAAGAGCUUUUAUCGCCUGCAUAGUACGUACGAGCCGUACGCGGUGCUGUUUCGGGCGGUCGCGCCGUUUGGGAUCUAUGGGGUUUCGAAGAAGCCGGUGUGGAUUCAGGGGCGGAGGGCGCCAUCACCAUCACCCCCAUCGUCAUUGUCGUCCGAACCACAGGAGGGUCAGGAUGGAUAUGACAUGAUGCGGGCUGUGAAGCUACAGAGCGAGAUGAUGUACGUGACGUCGAUUAGCUGGAAGACACAUGGGCAGAGGUAUCAUGGGUAUGUGGACGAUGUGCUCUUCAUCGGGUUUGGGAUUGAGGAUGCGGCGACGGGGGUUGUUGAUGUUCUUGCGGGGGAUCUGGUGGAUGGGAUUGAGCUUUGUAUGUAGAUCUAGUGAUGAUUGUAGUUUAUCCUCGAGGAACCGCGUCUGCUAGACGUGCACUUUCCAGUGGUCUAUACAGUCACUACUGUGGUAGAGCUGUCCUAUUUUAUUACUAAACCGCCAAAUAUCUCUGCUGCCUGGCUACUCAAUCUCAGCGAUAAACAAGCCUUC